AGUAAACAUAUCUGUCAGCAGCCAAACUUCAAAAAAUUUUUCUGAAGUGUUUUCAGCAAACAGCUCAGACAAGACAGUAACCCCUUUAGAUUCUUUCAGGGUUUUAAUAAGUCAACUCAGAGGGGUUUAUAUCUCUACCACGUUUAGAAGAAUGGACCAUAAGAGAAAGAUCACGAUGUGUUUGUUUCUGGCUGCCAUUUGCAGCUCAGUGUUUGGAGAAGAGUGGAAGGCCACUGUUUCAAAAAACGUUGAGGCUCUACCCAGCUCCUGUGUUGUGCUGCCUUGUACAUUCACUCAUCCUGCGAGUUUGCCUAACUCCAGACUCAGGGGCAUCUGGCAUCGUAAGGACAAACAGAAAGAGAACUUCUACCAUGAGGAUCGCACACAGAUCUUGGACAGCUUUAAGGGCCGAACAAAGUUGCUGGGAAACCUGGGUGAAAACAACUGCACCUUAGAAAUAAUUGAAGUUAAAGAUCACGACAAUGGCCCUUUCUGUUUCCGCAUUGAAUAUGUGAAAAGAGACGACAACCAACCCACUACAGAAAAGUUCUCCUUUGUUGAGGAAUGUACUGAAAUCAAAAUGCUCUAUAACACACCUCAAAUCAAACUGGAUACCCAAAAGAGAGCCAUUCCAGGAAAAGCCUACACCGUCACCUGUUCCGUUCGCCACACCUGCCCCUCGCGUUUGCCUCAAUUUACAUGGAGUCGUGGAAGUAAGGAUGAAAUCAUUGAAGUUCAUAAACACAUUCAUUUAGAAACCUGGGAAACAGAGUCCACGCUGGCUUUCAUCCCGGAGGAGAAGGAUGAUGACACCGAGCUCACAUGCACAGCAACAUUUAAUGGAGGGAGGAAAUCGUUUACAACUUUACUACUUAAUGUAAAACGCAUGGAAAACUACAACCACAUAAUCAUUCCCACUGUUGCAGUAGCUGCCACUGCUGUCCUCUUUGGACUCCUCUGUGUUUUGAUGGUGAAAAAGUACAAGAAACACAUUCAAGAGCUUCAAAGUCAGGAGGGCAGCAUGUGGAACAGGAUGUCUAGACUGUCUCGCAGACUCCGUUCUGGUGCCUCAGGACCAACUCGCUCCGAUCAAAGGAGGUCUAUUUGGAGCCGAUUUUCUAGGAGACCUCAAAGGGAUGCGUAUGAUCAGAGUCCCAACAAUGCAAACACCUGUGGUGGACAGAAAGCUAGCAAGCCUCGCUUCCCAUCUCCAAAGAGGCAGCCAAAAUCCUGCAAUUACAAUGAGGACAUUGAUGACAAUGAUGACUACAUUAACACUGCAGAGCAGAAUGUUUAUGGAAACAUAUAAAUAAUUAAGAGCAGCUUCACAAUGUAAGAGCUGAUGAUGAAAGUAUACAACCAAUGUAAUUCUCAGCAUCCUUUUUUUAACUGUUGAUUUAGGGAACAUACUUUAUACAUACAUACAGAUUAAGGUUUAACUAUAUCAGCUAUGCUCGUUAAGGUUAUAUUUAAAAGGCACAGUCUGCAACUGUUGCCAUCCUUGUCAAUAAAGGUGUAAGGUGCUGCAUGCUCAUACUGAUUAUUUCUAUGUGUGUAUAUAUAUUGAAAAUGUAAAAGUACUUUUUGUCCAAAAUGACAUUGCGUUGUGUAAUCUUUGAUGUAUAACUGUGGCAAAUGUUAUGUUCAUGAAAAUAAAUGUGAGCAUUGGA